CACUAAAAUGGCCGCUGCCGCCUGUCGGCUGGGCGGCCGCGAGACGGCAGUUGCUGAGCAUGCUCCCUGAGUGCCCCGCACUGGCAUGGCUGCCGCCUUCACGAGAGUGACUCUAAUUCUCGGCUUCCGGUCGUAGCCGGCCGGCGCUCAUUUACCUUCUGGAAGCUUAGUGGAGCCGGGGAAAGGUGCGGGGUGAACGCUGAGCGGGAACUGCGAGCAUCCGCGCCGGCUCCUAACGGAGAAGAUGGCUGAGGGCGAGCGGCAGCCGCCGCCAGACCCAGGUUGCCCGAGAAUUUACUGUAUAUAAUUAUCCUCCUGCUUCAGCCUCCCAUAUCUUGAGACUAUAGACAAGUGCAGUGAUUACAGAUUCUUCAGAGGAGACCCCUCCAGCUACUCAGAACUUUAUCAUUCCAAAAAAGGAGAUCCACACCGUUCCAGAUAUGGGCAAAUGGAAGCGGUCUCAGGCUUAUGCUGACUACAUUGGCUUUAUCCUCACCCUCAAUGAAGGUGUGAAAGGGAAGAAGCUGACCUUUGACUACAAAGUCUCUGAGGCCAUUGAGAAGCUGGUGGCUCUUCUCAAUACGCUGGAUAGGUGGAUUGAUGAAACCCCACCGGUGGACCAGCCCUCCCGGUUUGGAAACAAGGCCUACAGGACCUGGUAUGCCAAACUUGAUCAGGAAGCAGAGAACUUGGUGGCCUCAGUGGUCCCCACCCACCUGGCGGCUGCUGUACCUGAAGUGGCAGUUUACUUGAAGGAGGCUGUGGGAAACUCCACACGCAUUGACUAUGGCACAGGGCAUGAGGCUGCCUUUGCUGCUUUCCUCUGUUGUCUCUGCAAGAUCGGGGUGCUCCGGGUGGACGACCAAGUGGCUAUUGUCUUCAAGGUGUUUGAUAGGUACCUUGAGGUUAUGCGGAAGUUGCAGAAGACAUACAGGAUGGAACCUGCAGGCAGCCAGGGUGUGUGGGGUCUGGAUGACUUCCAGUUCCUGCCCUUCAUCUGGGGCAGCUCACAGCUCAUAGACCACCCCCACCUGGAGCCCAGACAUUUUGUGGAUGAGAAGGCGGUGAGUGAGAACCACAAGGACUACAUGUUCCUCCAGUGCAUCCUGUUCAUCACUGAGAUGAAGACCGGCCCCUUUGCAGAGCACUCCAACCAGCUGUGGAACAUCAGUGCUGUCCCCUCAUGGUCCAAAGUGAACCAGGGCCUCAUCCGCAUGUAUAAGGCAGAGUGCCUGGAGAAGUUCCCUGUGAUCCAACACUUCAAGUUCGGGAGCCUGCUGCCCAUCCAUCCUGUCACAUCAGGCUAGGAGAGGCUGAGCCACCAGAGCCACCCUGGCCAGUUCUCCUGUGCCCUCUGUCCCGGCACCCCUCCCACCCACCUUUGUUCAUUCUGUUUGAUGAGAGGCUGUUUACUGAGAUGGGUGCUGAACAGGGCCUGAGUUGGAGGAAUUGACCAAAGUGUGGCCAGUCUUUGACUGUUCGUCUGGUGGGCAAGCAAGAAGAGAGGGGCUGGGACCUGGUCCCGGGGCCCCUGCCUACCCCUGUCCUUCCUGCUUCCUUUCUCUCCGCCCAGUCCAAUGUGGAGAAAGGGCAUCCUGCUCUUCCCAUUGCUUUCCCUUCCCAUGACAGACUCCUCAUUGAGAGAGGGGACACUGCGCCUUCGGGGGCUGGCUGGUCAGCUUCCCGAGCUGUGUUCCACUGGGUAUCUGCUGUGGGGCUGAAGGGUGAGGCUGUCAGCAGCUGUGGGGAGGCUUGGGAUUGGGGAGAUGGUGGGUAGAGGGGCUAUGGAUGAUGAGGAUGGCUUUCUCAGGGUAGCCUUCUAGGUUACCUGUGCCCAUCCUCAUUCUGGCUUUUGUUCCCUGGCCCUUGGAUUUGCCGGGUUUCGUGACGAUUAGUAACAUAUCCCUUCCUGGGGGUAGCUUAGCUAUGGAAACUGCUCCAGGCUCCUGGGAAAGCCUGUUGAUUGGGUGAGACCUCUUUCCAGAACUGUCUCUGUCAGGGAGAGAAUGGUAGAGACUCAGGGAGACUAGGGCUGCUGUGUUUGUGAGAAUCUGGCCUCCUCCAGUCACUCUUAGACCUGAUCAGUUCUGCUACCUCCUUUCUGCUUUGAUCUUGAGCUUCACCUGAGGCCCUUGCUUACUGCUCUGCUUGCUUGGGUAGGUCUGUGGCUGGCGUGAGAUGUCAGGGGAGGCAGCAGCCCUCUCUUUCUCCCUCUCCCCUUAUGAGAAGAGGCAAGCAGUGCCCUGGAUAUGGACUGCAGAAGGGGACCUAGUCACAGUCACCAGUUUCUCUGAGCGCUGUGACUGAACUGGUACCUGUAGGCUUCCCUGCCAUACUCACCCUGUUCUGCACUGCCCAUCCUGUGUCUAUGUCCAUAGACCCCUUGGGGAGUGGACACUGAGGAGCACAACCCAGGGGCUUGGCCAGGGCUUAGUGAUGAUCUGAGCAGAGCUGGGGCUCAAGUCAUCAGUGUCACAAGCAGUGUCCUAGGAAAGGCCCAGUGCCAGCCUCCCUUCCAGGGCCAGGCCAUCGCCUUCCUGGCUCCUUCCCCUAGUCCUGCACCUCCCUUGCUGUUUGGAUUAAAGCCUCUGUUUUACACCUG